CAGGCGGCGGCCGUAGCCGCAGGACGACGCUGGAAGCGGGCGUGCCGCGGAGGUGCUGAAGGGACAGUUCCCGCCGCCGAACUUGCGGCGGGCUGGGCGGGUGCGGCAGCCCCGGAGCGAUGGAGACCAUCUGGAUCUACCAGUUCCGCCUCAUCGUGAUCGGGGACUCCACAGUGGGCAAGUCGUGCCUCCUGCACCGCUUCACCCAGGGCCGCUUCCCUGGGCUGCGCUCCCCCGCCUGCGACCCCACGGUCGGCGUGGACUUCUUCUCCCGCCUGCUGGAGAUCGAGCCGGGCAAGAGGAUCAAGCUGCAGCUGUGGGACACGGCGGGACAGGAGCGCUUCAGAUCAAUAACUCGAUCCUAUUAUCGCAACUCAGUUGGUGGAUUUUUAGUAUUUGACAUUACUAACCGACGGUCUUUUGAACAUGUGAAAGAUUGGCUAGAAGAAGCAAAAAUGCAUGUACAGCCAUUUCAGAUUAUAUUUCUACUGGUGGGACACAAGUGUGAUUUAGCUUCACAACGUCAGGUUACAAGAGAAGAAGCUGAAAAGCUAUCACUAGACUGUGGAAUGAAGUACAUAGAAACCUCAGCAAAAGACGCUACAAAUGUUGAGGAGUCCUUCACAGUCUUGACAAGAGACAUAUAUGAACUUAUUAAAAAGGGAGAGAUUUGUAUUCAGGAUGGCUGGGAAGGGGUUAAAAGUGGUUUUGUUCCAAAUACUGUUCAUUCUUCUGAGGAAGCAGUAAAGCCCAGGAAAGACUGCUUCUGCUGACUUCCAGUGUGCCAAAGAACUAACACGGGUGAUGGGGCAUCGUCUCUGAGUAAAUACCAACACUCACUGCAGAAUGAGGCAAGGAGAGCAUCUGAAAAACUUACAGACCCUCAGUAAUACUGUUCUGUGUGCUGCUGGAUUCGGAGCACUGUGCUUACCAGUUACACUAACAGAUCGGAUAUGUUGCUAAGUUAUCAGGAAAAGCAGACAACUUUUUCUGGUAACCAGAGCCUACAUCACUGCAUCCAUUCCCACUCCGUUAGCAUAUAGCUGACUUCAGCCUCCAGAUGUGUCAAUGUUACUCAUCUUUCUUGACAGUUCAAAAUGGACUUUUUUCUACACAUAUAGUCUGAUUGAAAAGAAUGUAUCAGGAUUUAUGUUCUCCAGAGUUAAUUAAUAUUGAAUAUAAAGUGCAUUGAAACGUACAACUUAGCGGGGCGUGGUGGCACACGCCUUUAGUCCCAGCA